AUGCCUCCCAAGGACGUCGCAAUCGGCAUUGAUCUGGGCACAACCUAUUCCUGCAUUGGUGUCUUCCAGCAUGGCAAGGUGGAGAUCAUCGCCAAUGACCAGGGCAACCGCACCACCCCGAGCUACGUGGCCUUCACCGAUACAGAGAGACUGAUUGGAGAUGCAGCCAAGAACCAGGUGGCCAUGAACCCACAGAACACGGUGUUUGAUGCCAAGAGGGUGAGAAAUGCCGUGAUCACUGUGCCAGCCUAUUUCAAUGACUCACAGCGUCAAGCCACUAAGGAUGCCGGGGUCAUAGCUGGUUUAAAUGUGCUGAGAAUCAUUAAUGAGCCCACAGCUGCUGCCAUUGCUUAUGGCUUGGAUAAAAAGGCCACAGCAGGUGACACCCAUCUUGGUGGAGAAGACUUUGAUAACCGAAUGGUGAACCACUUUGUGGAGGAAUUCAAGCGGGCUCGCUUUGAGGAACUCUGUUCAGACCUCUUCAGGAUGGACAAAUCUCAGAUUCAUGACAUUGUUCUGGUCGGAGGAUCUACACGUAUUCCCAAGGACAAAAGCUCAGGAAAGCACAACAAAAUCACAAUCACCAAUGACAAGGGCAGACUGAGCAAAGAGGAAAUAGAGAAGAUGCUGCAGGAAGCAGAAAGGUACAAGGCAGAUGAUGAUGUCCAGAGGGAGAGGGUUGCUGCUAAGAAUUCUCUGGAGUCCUAUGUCUUUAAUCUGAAGAGCACAGUGGAGAAUGACAAUAUCAAGGAGAAAAUGAGUGCAUCAGAUAAGAAGGCCAUAGUGGAUAAGUGUAAUGAGGUCCUGUCAUGGCUGGACAAGAACCAUCUGGCUGAGAAAGAGGAGUACAUCCACCAGCAGAAGGAGCUGGAGAGAGUAUGUAACCCUAUCAUCUCCAGAUUGUACCAAGGGGCAGCAGGAGGUGGGAUGCCAGGAGCCAGCUGCAGUUCUCAGGCCAGACAAGGCUGCAACCCCGGACCUACCAUUGAAGAGGUGGAUUAA